CCGCAGUUCCUUCUGGGAACGUGUCAAUGUCCGCUUCGAUUGGGCGCCUGCGGCCGGGGAAGCUUUAGUUUGUAAGAACCAACACGUUGAAGCUGCAGCAAUGUUGCUUUUCUGUCCGAGCUGCGGAAACGGACUGAUUGUGGAGGAGGGACAGCGUUGCCAUCGCUUCGCCUGCAACACUUGCCCCUACGUGCAUAAUAUCACACGCAAGGUAACAAACCGAAAGUAUCCAAAGCUGAAAGAAGUGGAUGAUGUACUAGGUGGAGCAGCUGCCUGGGAGAAUGUGGACUCCACUGCAGAGCCAUGUCCAAAAUGUGAACAUCCCCGUGCCUACUUCAUGCAGCUUCAGACCCGUUCUGCAGAUGAGCCAAUGACCACCUUCUACAAGUGCUGCAAUGCUCAAUGUGGACAUCGCUGGAGAGACUAAGGGCAGGACUUACCUAUCUGCAAGCAUGAAUUUUGUGUGCUGAGGGUCUUUGCUGUAUGAUAAGAAGCUGACUCUACUGUGGUGGAGGACCAGGGUGAAACAGGCCAUCUGCAAGUCAGUAGAUAAAAGUCCUUAAUACAUAGGGACCUCAGGUCCUUGGGAAAUACACAUGAGGAUAUUCACUUGGCUUCAGGUCCUGUUCAUUCAUCCUUUGUGUUUAGUAGGUUGGUCCUUACUACCAUUAGUUCUAGAAACUUGGUUUAUAGGCAAAGAUAAUAUUCAACCUCCUAUUCUUCCUGCCUCUGUCUCACGAGUAUUAGCACGUGAACCUGGUGGGGGAAGUCCUUUUGUGUGUAUGUUAUCUUAUUGAUUGAUAAAUAAAGCACUGUUGGCCAAUAGGAAAGCAAGAUAGGUGAGACUAGGAGUCAAGGAGGAUUCUGGGAAAUGUAGUCAAGAGUAGAGAGUCGCCAUGUGAUCCUGGGAGGAGAGGGCACAAGUCCAGCAUUCUUGGAAAGAUGAGUACUUAUGAAAAUAUAUAUUAGUAAUUAUGGGUUAAUAAUUAAGUCAGAACUAGCCAUUAAGAAACCAUAGAAAAUGGCCAACAGCUUCAUAAUUAAUAUAGUGUCCUGGGUGUUCAUUUAGGACUGAUGUGGCUCAGGGACCAGGCUGGCAGAAAGAAUGCACAGUACAUUAACCAUGUUCGUUUUAUGCAGUGCUGGGGAUUGAACUCUGUGCCUCAUGCAUGCUAGACAAGUACUCUGCCAACUGAGCUAUAUCUCCAGCCAUUUAAUUCUUAAAAUAAUUUCUAUCUAUUUCUCUCUAGAGAAAUUAUAAAAAUAUAUCCAUAAAGUCAUUGAAAAGCACUUCCAGAUUCAGGACUGACACAACUAAACAAACUGCUCUGUGAUUUGGAUUUUCUGGAUGAUGUUGAUAGGAAUUUAAAAGUAACCAAAAAUCUUUAUAUUUCCAGCUAGGGGGAAUGAUCCACAAUAAAGCCUAUGCCUAACAUGUACAAAUGUCUGUAUUUGAACCCCAUUUAAAAAUCUAUUAAAACUUCAGUAAAUUUA